CCCCCCAGAGGUGGUGAGGGAGGGGCGCGGCCCCAGAGGGGUGAGGGAGGGACGCGCCCCCAGAGGGGGUAACAGAGAGGGGAGGAGGCGCAAGCUACCCCGGGCAGUGAUGGUGCUCGAAGCCUGACGCUCAAGGAGAUAUUUUCCGGUUGACAGCAAGAUGUGAGGAGUGAGGUGCUGUGGGGGAAGAGUUAGGCCAGCUGGGGGAGAGUUAUGAGCCCAACACCUUCCCACAGAAAUAGCAAAAUAAUGGAUCGUGAUCUACCAAAGGAUGAGUCUGACUGUAAUGGAUUGUGUACUGAUAGAAUGGAGGCUGUGGAAGAGCAGUCUCAAGUCCCACCAUCAUUGGCUGCUAUAAUGUCUACGAUAUAUGCACACCAGCAUAAUAUUCAGCAGAUUGAAGUAAAACUUAAAGAACUGCUACAGAAUCAACAAGUUCUAACCGAAGGACUUCGAGGUGAAAAUGAAAGAUUUAAGGAAGCGGAGACAACAUUUAAUUUACCAGCAUUGUUUAGUGAAGUAUGUGUAUACACACAGAAGCUAGCAUACCUCAGGGAAGAAAUGAACAAUAUCACUGACCGCACUGCUCGCCUUAAAGAAGUAGUGCUGAAGGUGGCCGGAGAUAGCGAGCUUGUGCGAGGCCUGGAGUGGAGAGCAGAGAGCUUAAGCAAGACUGGAUGUAGAGAGCUCGAAGGAGGGUGCGAGCAAGGAGAAUGGAUAAGGGGCGAGAGCGGGGAGCUCAAUGAUCCCUGAA